ACUCACUAAGUAGGCAAACGACCAUUAGUUAGCAUGGAUAAAUGAGUAAAUACUUCAAAAGUCGGUGCAAAACCAACGUUACCUGUCAGAAUUCCAACAGCUAUUCCUUCGUCCGCCAUCUUGGAUCUGUUGGAUGAGAUGGACUGGAAACCAAAACCUACCUCUGACUGCAUCAUUUGACGGGCUCAUUUUGAGUGCAGAAAAUGACAUGACGGGCAAGUAAGUGCAUGUGGUAUGGUAGUCAUGGCAACACAAGAGAUAUUGGACAAACCUUAUGGUUUUAUUGGAUUACAUGUUGGUGUUGGUAAAUACUCCUCUACAAAUGAAGCUGAUUACAAAGAUGCUUGUAGGACAGCAUGUUUACAAGCAGUGGCUGCUCUUAAAGAAGGUAAAUUAGCAGUAGAAGCAGUUGCUGUUGCUCUUUCUGCUCUAGAGGAGGCUCCUUGCACAAAUGCAGGUGUCGGCUCCAACCUAAAUCUUGAAGGAGAGGUUGAAUGUGAUGCUAGUAUCAUGGAUGGAAAAUCACUGGGGUUUGGUGCAGUUGGUGCAGUGAAGGGGAUUAUAAACCCAAGUCAAGUUGCUGCCCAUCUUCUGAAAAAAGAACUCCAAGGACCAACAAGUGUUGGUCUCAUUCCACCAAUAUUUCUAGUAGGGGAUGGCGCAGUCGGCUGGGCAAGCCAAAAUUCAGUUGCAGAAAGUGUGUCAAAUGAAUCUCUCAUAACUGAUAAAAGUCUUGCAGCAUUUAACAAAAGUAAGGCCAAACUAGACAGGACUAGACUGAACACAGUUGCACAUAAUUCUCACAAGAAACGAAGAAUCGAAGACUUGUGUGUUUAUGAAGAUUCAUACAUGGAUACUGUAGGCGCAGUGUGCGUGGAUUCGGAAGGGAAUCUCUGUGCAGGUGUUUCGAGUGGUGGACUGUUACUUAAGACCCCUGGGAGAGUCGGGCAGGCAGCCGUGUAUGGUAGUGGUUGUUGGGCCAGGAACCAAACUGAAGAGAGCGAUGUUGGUGUAGCUUGCUGUACGACAGGAUGUGGUGAAUAUUUAAUCAAGACUAUGCUCGCUAAGGAAUGUGCAGAAAUGGCUUCAAACAGAGAUGGAUAUUCAGCAGUGAAAGAUGCUUUACAACAGAAAUUUUUUGAUGCGUCGCAUUUACCUUCAAAUAAGCAAAAACUAGCUGGGAUUUUGCUACUCAGGGCAAUGGAAUCAAAAAGUCAAGGUCGCGAGGUCGAGCUUGUUUGGGGUCAUAAUGCCUCUAGUAUGUGCUUGGGGUACAUGUCUACUGAGAAUCAAAGACCCAAGAUUCGAAUUUGCCGAUCAUCUGAAUGCGUGGACGUCCAAGAAACCCAUCCUGUAAUGAUUGAAGGAACAGUUGAAAGGCAGGACAAACAAAAGCCAAGCUAAAAAUAGGUUUAAUGACCGUUAGCUGAGGUGGUUGACAAUGGAGAGGCAUGAUGAAUCAGUCUUUCUUGGCAAAAAAUGUUUAGGAAAAGUAGAUCUACUCGUGCAGCCGAAACUUGUCGCAAAAGCAAGUCUCUCAGCUCAGUAAACGUUUCGCCAAUUCCGGAUCCUCAAAGAAGCAUCGAUGAUAACACGACACGAUUGCUAAAGCAGCACUUGUAAGACCCAUUGCAGACCCAAACGUCUCUCGGUAGUCUUUACCCGUCAAAUGGGUUGUUACUGUUUGUUUGACCCACUGAAACCAACACCACACCAUCCGUACGCUAAAAACCUUUGAAACUUUUUAUUAAACUCAAGUCAGUUGAAAGCA